UUUUUAGUGACACAAGAAGAUAUAGAACGUCAGGAAUUACUUUUGGCAUCAAUGAAGUACAAUUAUCAUUGUGAUCAAAGAAUGUACGACAACUCCAAUGAGCCAUUAGAUUUACCCAUGCACUAUUAUUAUCAAGGAAUUGAUAAAGUGGAAAUAUCACCUGAAUGUGGAUUUUAUAUGCAUAAAAAUAAAAUAGCUUACAUAGAAAGGCAAGCUGAAAUUAUUUCUGGUGAAUUUUCAUGGAAAAUAUUAGUUCGUGAAGUAUUAUUGGAAGUUUAUGGAGCAAAUUUAAAAAAUUUUUGUGCACUUGGAAAAAGAGGAUCUUUAAGGCCUCCUAUAAAUCAUCAAUUAUUUGUUGGAUUAUAUGAAUGGGCCUCACGAAAAGCACAGGAAUAUAAAGAAUUUAUAAGUCGAAAGGAGUAUGUAGAUCUUAUUAAUAAAACAGCAGCAAAUAAACGAUCUAGAAGCGAAAAAAAAAUUCAACAAAAAAAUAAAAAUGACUAAAGAUAAAUAUUUGACUAUAAAAAUUGAAAAUAUUCAUACGUAUGUAUUGCAAAAGGAAUCUUAGACGAAGUAAUGCAAAAAAAUAUUACAAAGGAAAUUUUUUUUUUUUUAAUAAAUUUCAACAAUAAUUCGUGAUAGGAAAUUAUUAUUUUUUUAAAAAAGAAAACAAAUAUUCAGCAUAACUAGAUUUUUAUAUUAUUUAUAUUCAAUUUAUUCUCAUCGCUGUUUUCUGUUUAUGAUAUACGUAUGUAAUACAACAAUUUUUCAAUA